AUGGACAGAAGAUUCGCUGUUUCCGAAAACGAAGCACUGAUGUUGCCAGUUGAUUUCAGUUUUCCUGUAGAAUUCGAGUCAUAUAUCCAAGCGAAAGAAGAAUUUUCAAAAUGUGAAAAUCGCAUGGCUUGUAUUUGUAAAAACCUAAAAGCUCCUGGAGGAUACAAGUCCCCACUAGAUUCUAUUAGGAAUCUGCGUAAGGAGAUCACAAAUGUACUUCCCAUUAAAACCUCAUUCAGAGAAAUAAAGUUAGCGCGGCGGAUCGCAACCUCUGAUGGUUACAUUGCUGAUGUACCUCGUAGGCCAGGUCUUAUUGAGCAGCGAGAUUAUGCCAAGGUGGGUGACUCCAAAAAGAUCAAUUUCUGCUUACCUUUCAUAACCGACGACCUGAGUUAG